CAAGGCUUGCUGUUCCGUGAAACGGCCUUUCCCCCGCCACUCGCCCGAAACGGGGGGGGCGGUGUUUUUCUGCCAUUAUAAAUUCUAAGAGAAUUGGCGGCGGGGGAUAGUAGAUAUAGCAGCCUCCGUGACGUCAUCCGCUUCUCUUUCAUUAAUAGGCGCUGUAAGGGAAGUGAGUCCGACCCGGGAAAAGGCUGGUUUCGAAGUGGUUUUGAAAAGCGGGCCGCUGUUCUGGUCGCCUCGGCUUAUUUUCUCUACUGUUUCAACCCGUAGCUUUGCUCCUGCCUGCCGGCUCCUUCGGUGGGUGGCCCUCACGGUCCAGCUGAGCCAACGUACGGUUGUUUUUUAAAGUCAUGACACAAGGAAUGGAGUCACAGAAUGUGAACUUUCGUAUGCAGCGCACAGCAACACUGGCUCAGGAGGUUCUGGAGCGAGCAAAAACACGGAAAUUGAACUGGCCACUGCCUACUGACCUCCAACGGAGGACGCUUCAGGAAGGCUUCGAUGAACAUGCCUGUCUUGCAGCUGCUUUUGCUUCGGUUGCCGAACAUAUGGGCCGUAUCUCGGCAGAAUGUGAGAGAUACUAUUGCUCUGUAUCUCCAUUUAAAUUCAAAGAACAUGAAGCUGCACAUAUUUUCAGAUACCACAGCAAGCAAGCAUCUGAAAAUUUGCUUAAAGCAUUGAAAACUGAGGAAAGUGAACCUGGCGGAGGCGUGGAAGAAUCUGGUUGUCCUGAUACAGAAUCAUCUGCAUUAAUUCCAGCAAAUACCUCUAAUGUGAAAGAUAUCUACAUUGAAGUUGCUCCUGGUACUUACACAGUCAGUGCAUCUUCACAUGAAGACACAAUCAAACAAACGCAUCUGGUAAAGAUUCAGCCAGGACAGAGUGUAAAUUUGACUUUUAAUUUGUGAUUUCUUCCCAACUGAGGUAACAAAUGGAAUAUAUAUUUAAUGCCUUAAGUGGCAUCUUUUAACAUAUUGUUAUUUUUAUUGCUAUCAUGGGUGUAUACUAUAUUAUAAUCUGAAACGUUUCAGAUUUGCCCCAACUUGAAUCAUGUGGUGUAUUGUCAUUUUUAAGAUAUGCAGUCCCUUGUAAACAAUAAACACAAAGUGCAGAUGUCAUUGCUCUUUUUAAAGACUU